UACGUUGUUCUGAGGGAGGCGGAGUUGGUGGGUUUUUUUGUCCUGGUGUUUUUUUCCCCGUAAAAUGGGAUUAACUUUGGUAUAGCCGGUGACGUAAGUUGAGUCCAAAGCUCAGCACGUGUGCCUAGAUGUUGUUUGGGUUGUACGGCAGUGGUUUUGUGGGACAAAGGCUAAUCCCCCAGAACACAAACCUUAGUGACAGUUUAAUUUGAAAAUAGCGUUGAGAUUUUUGUGAAUCAAGUUUCAUCACGUCCUGAGAACAGGUGAUCUGUUGACACCCUCCACAUAGGUAGCCAACACCACAAACACACAGUGAGUCGUGCACUUUGGGAGUUAUGGGUUUUUAGAAAUUCCUGUGUGCUGUCAGGGGUGGCUUUGCCUGCUCUGUCCUAUUCAGUCUUGGGUGUCACAGCCCUGUCUCCUUCAGCGUGACUGUGAGCAGAGAGCAGAUGAAAAACAAGGUGUUUGGGUAUUGUUAAAUAGUUGAUAUCUGGUGUGUGCUCUUGGAAAACAGUAUUUGACAAAUGUCAGACUGGGUUGGUGAUGCCUGUAGACUUGUGCUGCUGUCAAGAAAAGCACAUUUUCCAAAGAAAGUUCUGGGAACAAGUUAGGAAAGACAAGAUUGUGUCUUUGGGCAGCACUGACAGCUGGAGGUGUUCAGCCAGACAGAGCCUCAGUCGUUUUCUUGGCAGCAGCAAGGAUAUGGAUGAACAAACAUAGCCUGUUUUGGAGUUUCAGUCUUUGAUCCGUUCUGGAGAUCAGCUGCUGCCUAGUCCUUCUCACUGUUAGGUUGGCUGGGAUGCCUUAGGCUGCCGUUACAGUAGUUUUAAUGAAUCCAUUAAUUUGGUGGAGCAGAUGAAGAGCACUUACAUGAUCUGUGCUGUUAACUGUGACAACAAGGGAGCGAUGAGUUCUUACACUGCUAAGACUGAGAUGUGGGUUUCCACUGACUGUUUUUGACAGUGGAAAGGAAGAACUGAGGAGAAAACAAGCUAUGAAAAUACUGGUUAUUGGCCUUGGAGGAGUUACAAAUGGAGGAAAAACAACGCUGGCAGAAAAGCUUAAGAAACUGCUUCCGAACUGUGAUACAAUCUCUCAGGAUGACUUCUUUAAGCCAGAGUCUGAAGUAGAAACAGAUGAGCGUGGAUUUAAGCUGUAUGAUGUACUUGAUGCCCUCUAUAUGGAUGAAAUGGUGAAAAGUAUUCACAAUUGGAUGAACAGCCAUACAAGCUCAGAUGUUGCGACUGAAGAACCGAUGGACAUGUGUAACAGUCUAAAAAUGACAGAAGAUGUUUAUAUUUUGAUUGUUGAAGGCUUUCUGCUGUAUAAUUAUGGGCCUCUUAACGCACUCUGGAAUAGAAGAUAUUUUUUGACCCUUCCUUAUGAAGAGUGUAAAAGGAGAAGGAGCACCAGAGUCUAUCAGCCAGCAGAUACACCUGGGUACUUCGAUGGACACGUGUGGCCUAUGUACCUGAAAUAUAAAAAUGAAUUGGAAGAAAGUGCAAGUAACAUUGUUUAUUUAGAUGGAACUAAAUCCCAAGAGGAGCUUUUAUCCUGUGUGUAUAGUGAUAUAAUACAGGAAUUAAAAAAGCUGAGGGAAGGAAAUCAGCAGGACACAGCAUGAUAAAGCAGAAUGCCUCUGUUCGGUCUGAUACAAAUUGAAAGCCCCAGGCCUCUGGUACUUGGCAAGACAACCAACUGGGCAGAUGUAUACAUUUAUGUCCAUAACCAUAGUUCAUACAACACAAGUGGAUUUGUAGCUAAAGUGUUAACUCUAUAACCCUCAGAUGUCGAGUACCAACAAGCUUAUUCUUUAGAAUUCCUUCCAUCAGUCAUGCUUUGAGUGACCUUUAUAUAUGAUAGAAUGUGUAUAUUCUAAAGAAUUAGUGUUGUGUACAAAAAUAUAACUGUAAAUGUGCAGUUCUGUUGGAUCACUAAGCAUAUCUGAAAAUUGACUAAUGCAAUUUGAAAUGUUCAUAAAGUAUUUGGGAAUUACAAUGAUAAAAAGCUAUUAAAUAUGUUAGAGGUAAUCACUGAUGAACACGGUUAGAGGAACUAGCUGUAAGCUGUGACAAUGGUAGUUUUAAGAUUCAAGGAACAAUCUAACAGCUUAUACAGUAACUGAAUCUGUUACUGAAUAUAUUGUAACUAAAAUUACUUAGAGCUGCUAAAGCCUAUGUAGUAUUUGUCAAGUAAUCUGCAUGUUACAUAUUUGGACCAGCUCAGAAUGGAUAUUUCAAAAAAAAGAUUGUUGGGAAAAUGUGGAGGAAUAAGAUGACAGAAAGCAGAUGCAUCACUAAUAAUGUUAACUACGUGUAUCAUGUAAAGAUAAAGGAUUAGAAUGGCUUGAAGUGCAAGACAGUAAAAGCGUGCUUUGGGAAAGAGGAUGUAAGAAAUAUUUCUUGUUAAUUUGUGGAACUCGGGAUUAAAUUUUACUUAUGAGAGUAUUCAGAAAGCAGGUAUAAUAAACGUAUGUUAAAACUUUAUUACAGGAUUUGUGUAUAUGUAUUUAGAUGAACUAGGAGAUUUCUAUAUGAUCUCUUGCAAUUUUAUCUGCAGACAUAAAAAGGAAAGGAUGCACUGUAUUACUACAGUUCAGCUAAACUGUUUAUGUUGAUUGAAAUGUAUUACUUUACUGUUAAUGGUGUUAAAGUGUCUUAAAACUCUGAAUAAGAGAGGCCUUAAAGUGAGCGAUGUAAAUUUGUGUCUAAAAUAAAGUACUUCCAGAUACUAUUUUGUAUUGUUGAUUUGCAAUAAAAAGACUUCACGUA